AUGGCAGAUGAGAAGGUGAUGAUGGGCAGAGAGCCAUUGCUUGAGCAUGAGAAGACGAAGAGCAUCAAGCAGAUAUUGUUGAAGUCCAUUGCGGGAGUUCUCUUGGUCGGCUUUGCUUGCUACCUCUUCCUUGACAGCUUCACCUCAUUGACACCAGAGACCGAAAUAAACUUAUUGCCGUUAGAGAAAGCAGUGAACGAACAGCAUCCAAAGAAAGAAGUAUGUGACGUUUCAACUGGAGAGUGGAUUCCAAACCCUUCAGGACCAAUUUACACCAAUGCAACCUGCAAUCAUAUACAAAAUCAUCAGAAUUGUAUGAAGAAUGGAAGGCCUGACACAGGUUACCUUUACUGGAGAUGGAAACCAAGUAACUGUGACUUACCUCCCUUUGAUCCAGUGAAAUUUCUGAAUAAAAUGCGUGAUAAAUCAUGGGUAUUUAUCGGCGACUCCAUUUUCCGCAAUCAUUUUCAGUCCUUGACUUGCAUGCUCUCUAAGGUGGAAGAGUUAGUUGAGACUUAUCAUGACUCAGCAUACCGCUGCCAGACAUUGUUCAGUCCAAAUUACAACUUCACUCUUGCAGUCAUUUGGGCACCAUAUCUUGUUCAAUAUGAGUCUAUUGACUCAGAAACCUUAAAUAUUCAUCUUGACAUCUUGGAUAGCAAGUGGUCCAGUGAGUAUAACAAGUAUGACUAUGUGGUGAUCUCUGGUGGCCAGUGGUUCUAUAGAUCAGCAAUCAUGUAUGAGAACAACAAAGCCGUUGGUUGCCAUAACUGCCCUUAUGAGAAUCUCAGGGAACUUGGUGUAGGAGAGCCUUACAGGAAGGCACUCCAGUUGACUCUCAAUUUCAUGGCCAGAGCUGAGCACAAGCCCUUUGUUAUCUUUAGGACAUGGACACCAGACCAUUUUGAGUAUGGAAAGUGGUACAAUGGAGGGAUCUGCAACAGGACUAAGCCAUUUUAA